GCGGGGCGGGGGGAGUGCCGAGCCGAGCACAGAGCGCCGUCGAACCGAGCAGCGCCGAGCGGCGAAGGGACGGCGCGCCCCGCCCGACCCCGGCACAGGUAGCCGGGUACAGGUAGCGGCGGUGGGGGUGCGGAGGCUCGUUUUGCUCCUGGGAGGCAGAACCCAGACUGAGAGCCAGCCACGAUGAAAGUCCUCCUCCUGUUGCUUCUCCCCCCGCUCCAAGGGGUGGGGGCGAGCGGCCGCCAGGAGGAUUUCCGCUUCUGUGGUGACAGGAACCAGACCCAGAACAGCUCCGUCAUCUACGAGCACAGCUCUGCCAACAUCUCCAUUGAGAACAUGGCCCAGGCACUGGUGAUAAGAAGUCCCUUUUUGGCAAACAGGACAAACUCUUCCUACCAGUACAGCCUGCCAACCACCUUGGGCAGGUAUCGCUUCUGCGUCUACUGGUUCAAGGCCAACAGGACCCUCUGGUUGGCAUAUGGCAAGAAGAGCUUCUUCCUGGGCCAUGAGCCAGCUGAUGGCGGCGUCACACGGGGCUCGGAGAAGACCAAGGCCUCCAUCUUCAAUGUGUCCUAUGUCUUCAAGGGCCAGAAGAACACCUCCCUUGAGAGUGCAUCUGAAUAUCUUUUCCCCGUCCCUCCAGAGAUGAUGCCUGUCUGGAAGCAGGACGUGGAGGAUGAGCUUGCUGCCCUGGAUGGUCUCCUCGCACGGGUGCCAUCUGCGGGCUCCAAGGCGCAGCGCUCUCUUCGGCACAAACUCGGGGCCUUGGAGAGGACGCUGGCACAAGUGGAGCUUGAAGGAUGGAACCAGACCUUUGGGAAGGCUGCCCUGCGUGCGACUGUGCUGAGCAUCAGCCCCACACAGGCUCCUCGCCACCUGGCCUUCGCUUCCCCAAAAGAGGAGAGCAAAGAGGUGCAGGGGUUUGCCGUGGACCUGCCAAGGAGCCUAUUUGUGAUGGCAAAGAAGAAGGAGGAGGUGAUGGAGCACAGGGUGCUCCUGGUGGACAUCAACAGCCAAGCCAUGUUCCAGGAUGAGAACAGCAGCCACAUCCUUGGUGACAAGGUGGUUGGCAUCUCCUUGGUGGACACGGUGGUGGCCAACCUCUCUGAGCCAGUGGUCCUCACUUUCUUCCACAACCGGCUGCCGAGGAACGUGACCCCACGGUGUGUCUUCUGGAGGGAGGAUGGCACCGCCAGCUCUGGGAACUGGGACAGCUACGGUUGCACGACAGUGGAGGGGGACAUACGGACAGACUGCAGAUGCAACCACCUCACCUACUUUGCCGUGCUGAUGGUAUCCUCUCCAGAGAUUUCCUACCUACACAGGGACUCCCUGAGCAUCAUCACGUACAUAGGCUGCCUCAUCUCAGCCUUGGCAUCCAUCUCCACCAUCUUUUUCCUCUACUUCAGGAGCAAGCAGCGAGACCAGAUCACAAGCAUGCACAUCCACAUGAACCUGCUGGGUGCCAUCUUCCUCCUGGACUUCACCUUCCUCAUCUCGGAGCACUUGGCUUCCAGCAGCAGUCAGGCAGCCUGCAGAGCCGGGGGGCUUUUCCUGCACUUCUCCCUCCUCAGCUGCCUCACCUGGAUGGGCAUCGAGGGCUACAACCUCUACCGGCUUGUGAUCGAAGUCUUCAACGCCUACCAUGACCACUUCCUCCUCAAGCUCUGCCUGGUGGGCUGGGGACUUCCCUUCUUUUGUGUGAUGUUGAUCUUCCUGGCUGAUUGGACCAACUACGGCCCCUUCUACAUUCCUGUCUAUGAAUCUAUUGGUGGAAGGUCCACCAAUGCAACCAUAUGCUGGCUCACGAGCCCCCUGAUCCAUAACGUGGUGAACCUGGGAUUCUUUAGCGUGGUGUUCCUCUUCAACUUGGUCAUGCUGGGGGCCAUGGUCCGGGAGAUCCUCCGGCAGAACAAGAAAGGUCACAAGCUCAAGCACGUCCUAGCCCUCUUUGGGCUGAGCAUCCUUCUGGGCAUUCCAUGGGCACUGGUCUUCUUCUCCUUCACCUCUGGUGUUUUCCGCCUCAUCUCCCUCUACAUCUUCACCAUCGUCAACUCACUCCAAGGUUUUCUCAUCUUUCUCUGGUACUGGACCAUGGUGCUGCAGGCGAAAAAGUCUUCUGACUUCCAGUGCAGCUCUGACAGCGUGAAGCUACAGCCCAACAGCAGCCAGAGCCACCCCGGCUGAGCCCCGUGCUGGCCAUGCCGUGGGGCUGCCUGGCAGAGGGUGGUCGCUUCGCUACUGCACCCGCUGGGAGUUCAGGGACCCACGGCGGGGACCCUCAGCCCCUCGCCUCCGCUGGCCCCAUGUUCCCCAUCACUGCAUCUCCCCGAGUAUCUGGGUGUCCUCAUCCCUGCCUGCCUGCUCCUGCAGGGACGGGCUGGCUCCCAGGGCAGGGCAGAGGGAUGCAUAGGGCUGCGGCACGGGGCAGGGACAGGGCCCUCUGUGCCUCCCAAUGUCCCUUCCAUUGCCCCAAGGUCAGCAGGUGGGAAAGACCCCGUUUCCAGCCCUUGCUUGUGGCCACCAGUAGGGCCCUUCCCAGGUGAAGAGAGAAUAACAGCCACGGGGACACCCUCUAGCAGCUGAAAUAAUCUAUUUUUGUUAUUUUGUUGAACGUUUCUCUAUUUUUGUAUGGUGUAAAACCUUGAAUGAUUGCGCUCGCACGUCAGACCUGUGCCCAUUAAAGUCAUACCCACUCUGA